AGUGGGCGAGUCCGCAUUACUUGCACGCAAUUGUCUUCUUCCUCUGGUUCCUUGCUACCUCUCAGCCACCUGUUGCUUCAACAUCCUUAAUUUUCCUCUCCCCUUCUCCGCGUGCCUUUGUUUAUGCAUAAUCUUUCAUAUAUUCUUCACUUCACGUUUCUCUCGCGUUGAUCAUGGAGACAAGCGUGCACUCACGCGGUGAGCUUCAUCCACAUUUCUCUCCCGCCAUUGGAUUUGGAGCUGUAAACCCUAAUUCUGCGAAACUCUCGGUAGCUUUCAAGCGGAUUCCUCUGAAUGUUGGACUACGGAAAAGCUUAAGAGUUUCAGCCUCCGAUGCCGUGAAUGGUUCCGGAACUUCAACUGUUGAAAGAAGCGAUACGGAGAAGGUGCCUUCUGUAAAUCCUGUCUAUACACCCACGCCUUCUAGUCGGGAGCUUCGAACUCCUCACAGCGGGUAUCAUUUUGAUGGAAGUACUCGGAAAUUCUUUGAGGGAUGGUACUUCAAAGUAUCAAUUCCAGAACAAAGACAGAGCUUCUGCUUUAUGUAUUCUGUUGAGAAUCCCGCAUUCCGUAAAAAGUUGACAGUAUUUGAAGCCGCUCAGCAUGGACCUAGGUCAACUGGAGUAGGAGCUCAAAUUCUUGGUGCCGACGACAAGUAUAUAUGCCAAUAUUCUGAAGAAUCUCAAAAUUUCUGGGGAAGUAGGCAUGAACUAGCUUUGGGGAAUACUUUUAUAGCUGAAAAAGACUCUCAGCCUCCUAAGAAGGAGGUUUUUCCUCAGGACUUCAAUAAAAGAGUGCUGGAAGGUUUUCAAGUUAGUCCUCUUUGGCAUCAGGGUUUUAUUCGGGAUGAUGGCAGAUCAGAUUAUGUGAAAACCGUAAAAACUGCACGUUGGGAGUACAGUACGCGCCCUGUUUAUGGAUGGGGUAAUGUUGGAUCUAAACAGAAGUCAACAGCAGGUUGGCUUGCAGCUUUUCCUGUAUUUGAACCCCAUUGGCAAAUAUGCAUGGCAGGCGGACUUUCAACAGGUUGGAUAGAGUGGGAUGGUGAAAGGUUUGAGUUUGAAGAUGCUCCUUCCUAUUCUGAGAAGAACUGGGGUGGAGCUUUUCCAAGAAAAUGGUUUUGGGUUCAGUGUAAUGUCUUUGAAGGUGGAAGUGGAGAAAUUGCUUUGACUGUAGGUGGUGGCUUGAGGCAACUCCCUGGGAUUUCUGAAACCUAUGAAAAUGCUGCCUUGAUUGGAGUGCACUAUCAGGGAGUUUUCUAUGAAUUUGUUCCAUGGAAUGGUGUUGUAAGUUGGGACAUUGCUCCCUGGGGUCACUGGUACAUUGCUGCAGAGAAUGAGACACAUCUGGUUGAAUUACAGGCAACAACAAAGGACCCGGGAACAACACUGCGUGCUCCAACCACAGAAGCUGGCCUUGCUCCAGCCUGUAAAGAUACUUGUUUGGGUGAUCUAAGGUUGCAAAUAUGGGAAAAGAGAGAUGAUGGCCAGAAGGGGAAGGUAAUUUUGGAUGUUACAAGUAACAUGGCAGCAGUAGAAGUUGGUGGAGGACCAUGGUUCAACACCUGGAAAGGCAAGACUUCUACUCCGGAACUCAUUAACCGUGCUCUUAAAGUCCCUGUUGAUGUGGAUGGCAUUUUCAGUUUGGUCCCAUUGUUGAAGCCGCCCGGUUUAUGAUGAAUUGGUCACCCACUUGCGUUUAUUGUUACAUUUUUCAUAACGUUGAGAUUAGUAAAAAGAAAGUGUAGCAUCCAAGGGAGUGCAAAUAACAGUUUGGUUUGGCAAAAUGAUGGGGAGCACAUGUAUUUAAUGGCUAAGAGCUCCAUGGGGGAAGUAUUUGUGUGUGCAUACAUAUAUACUCGAACCUUUUAUGUUUGUUAGAGAUACUCAAAAGUGGUGAGGGGAACGAGUGCUGCCAUAUACCGUAGCGUCAUACAUGCUAAAUUUAGUGAGCUCCCCGUUUGACAGUGAAUAGUCCCUAGCGACUAUAAAACAACUGCUACCUACAAUAAGAGGGAUUGAGGCACUCUCUUCUCUAUGGGCCUUUUCCCAGAUUUAUUGGUUAGCUUUUACUUUGGGCCCCCAUUUUUCUGGUCCGGCCCAUUAGGUGAUUGUUAGCAAUAUUUUGUGUUUUUAUUCCCUAUUGGUUUGUGUAUGGCGCAAGUCAUAACUAUGAACCUUUGUCUUCUAAUCAUCUAUUAAUCGGAAAAAUAAUAAUUUGAGGGU